CCCGCGGUGACCAGGCCGCGGAGCCCAUUUCCCGGUUGCCCGGCGAAGGCGGAGCGCUAACAAAGCCCGGUCGCGCCCCGCCGGGGCUGCCCUCCCCGGCUCCUUUCCCGCCUAGAUUCUGCUGCUCUCCCUCUCCAACGGUGCGAGGCACUGGAUCUCUCCUCACACCUCCCUCCUGAGGCCAGGUGCCAGGUGUCGCCUGAAGCCAGACAGCGCGUUUAGGAGCGAGCCCGAGGCCAACCAAUCAAUGCCUCAGACAGAUAAGCAAAUAUGCAUCCCGCCGGAGCUGCCAGAGUUGCUGAAGCAGUUUACCAAAGACGCCAUUCGGACGCAGCCACAGGACCUCAUCCAGUGGGCUUGCGAUUAUUUUGGGGCGAUGGCCCGUGGAGAGAUUCUUCCAGUGAGAGAGCCGUCUGAGCGAGUCACUUUGUCCAACUGGGCAGAGCUAACACCUGAACUGUUAAAGAUCCUGCAUUCUCGGGUUGCUGGCAGGCUGAUCAUCCAUGCAGAGGAGCUGGCCCAGAUGUGGAAGGUGCUGAAUCUCCCAAAAGAUCUGUUUAAUAGUGUGAUGAACGUGGGUCGCUUCACCGAGGAGAUCGAAUGGCUGAAGUUUUUAGCCCUUGCUUGCAGCUGUCUUGGAGUUACCAUUGCCAAAACUCUCAAGAUAGUGUGUGAGGUUUUAUCUUGUGACCAUGACAGUGGGCCUGCCCGGAUCCCUUUCAGCACUUUCCAGUUCCUCUACACAUAUAUUGCCGAAAUGGAUGGGGAGAUUUCAGCAUCACACGUCAGCAGAAUGCUAAACUACAUUGAACAGGAAGUAAUUGGUCCUGAUGGUUUAAUCAAAGUGAAUGACUUUACCCAAAACCCCAGGGUUCGGCUGGAAUAAAAGCACAAUUUCGGCAAUUUUAAAGGAAGAUACAGAAAUGGUUGUACUUCAGAAUGACUAAACCCUACAUACCACCCAAAGUCAAUUUUCUUGUACAACUAGUACACACUAAUAAACAAUUAGGCAAACAUAUGAAAUCAGAAA